GAGAAGGCGAGGUGCCCUGUUGGUACCGAGCGCGCAGCCCUCUGUAGAGGCUUCCUUCAGAUUUGUUUUUAGCCCCACUACUCACGAGAGUUCCCCCAGACCAACAUGCUCACUGCCGCCACCAACAUGCUCCGUCGUUCUGCCAUGCAGAACGGCCAGAUCGCCGCCCGCAUGUUCUCCACCAGCCGCCUCUUCACCGAGGAUCAUGAGUGGGUCACUGUCGACAAGGAGUCGAAGAUCGCCACCGUCGGUAUCACCGACUACGCUGCCUCCCUGCUGGGUGACCUUGUCUACAUCGAGCUGCCGGCCGUUGGUGCCGACCUCGCCCGCCAGGACUCCGCUGGUGCCAUCGAGUCGGUCAAGGCCUCUAGCGAGGUCUACUCCCCGGUCACCGGCAAGAUCGUCGAGGUCAACGACUCGCUCACCGACUCCUCCAACAUGGCCCUCAUCAAUGAGAAGCCCUUCAGCGACGGCUGGAUGUUCAAGAUCCAGAUGUCUGACGACUCCGAGCUCGCGGGCAUGAUGAGCGAGGACAAGUACCGCGACUACGUCGAGUCCACCAAGUAAUUGCGUGCACUCUCCCGCCUGUGCGUGCCGCCGCUCUGUCACCUUUGGCAGGGGGGAGAGUCCCCCCGGCCGACUCGCCGUGUUGUGCGGGCGCAUGCGUGCGCACCAAGACCCACGACCGAGCCUCAGGCGACAGACACAGCUACCCACGUGUGCGUGUGUGUGUGUGUGCAUGUAUGUAAAAUGCAUGCAUGUGGGCAUGUACGCGGAUGCGCUCCCCCCCCCCCCCCCCUCAC